UCUAAGAGCAUUAACUGUAGAGUGUUCUGGUAGUGACAGGGCUGUCAGGGUCAGAUGGCUGCUCAGCCUGAUUAGACCAGCUCACAGCAGAUCCUCAGCCAAGCACACUGCACUGCUACAACAAGGUAGAGAGCAACACACCCAGCCGUACAGCAAAUACAACGCAGCGGUGACUGAGAGGCCGGGAGGUACAGGGAGAGUUCAGUGUUAUAGUUGGGGCAGAGCAACAGGUUGUUGCACAAAUACUUUCGUUUUUGCUGGUUGACUAUACCAGAUAUUUCAGCUUCAGGUGGAGGCAGAAAAAGACUGAAAGCAGGUGGACAAAGAGGGAGGCAGAAGAAUUUGAGCCUGUGGUUGGAGAUGACAUUGAAUAGCAGAACUGCUGGUUGAUGGAGUUUGUGCGACGGAGUGGUGACUACUGCCACGCCCAACACAUUUAGAGGGAUGAAGAUGCAACAUGCAGUCCUGCAGCCCUGAAACCUGAAAGACUAUUGGCCCGUCUGAACCAGCCGGCUCAUGGGGUAACGCGUGGAGCCUCGACACUGGAAGUCAACUGGAGAAGAGAAGGAAAGAGAGAGCUACUGAGAGACAAAGAGAGAAAGACAUAAGGACUGAAGCAGUGACAAUCACAAAGAGACGGAUACAGAGAGAGCUGACAGCUUCCUGAACUAUAGGAUACCGUCAACUGAUGGAGUAAAACUGUACUCAAGACAACAGGACCUCAGAAUUGGGAAAAUACCAUAAAGGCUUCCAACAGGAAGUUCAACAAGAGACAGGAAAGUCCAGAGUCACCUGGAGACCUGAUAUACGUUGAGGACAGAGCAGCUACCUGCUACAGCUGGAACUAAAGGUCAGAGCUCAUCCUGGGAUAUCAAAAGUCACGCUGGCCAACAUGAACCGUCCAGAUCCAGUGGAACUGUGCCACAAGAACAUGAGAUUCCUCAUCACACACAACCCCACAGACAGCACGCUCAGUUCUUUCGUAGAGGACCUGAAGCGCUUCGAUGCCAACACAGUUGUUCGAGUUUGUGACAUCACCUAUGAUAAAACACUGUUGGAGAAAGACGGCAUUACUGUGGUGGAUUGGCCGUUUGAUGAUGGAGCCCCGCCCCCCAGUAAGCUGGUUGAUGAUUGGUUGAGUCUGCUGAAGAAGAAGUUUCAGGAGGAGCCAGGAUGCUGCGUGGCGGUUCACUGCGUGGCCGGACUGGGGAGGGCUCCUGUGCUGGUUGCUCUGGCUCUGAUAGAGAGCGGGAUGAAGUAUGAAGAUGCUAUUCAACUCAUCAGACAAAAUUUUCUGUCUUUGGUGCCAUCUGGUGGUGGUAUCAAAGAAGACAAUGUGGCAGCCAGCAACGGACGCCUAAGAGCCAACUGAAGAACAACAAUCCAGAUCUGGAUUGUGCAAGAAGGGAAGCGUCGUGGAGCCAUCAACAGUAAACAGCUAACCUACCUGGAGAAAUACCGAUCAAAGCAGAGACUCCGCUUCAAAGACUCUCAUGCACAAAAGAACAAGUGUUGCACAAUGUGAAUACACACACACACAAACACACACACACACACAGACACUUUGUACCCCCUCAACAAAUGCUCUCAGGAAUCUAACCAUACAAGCCUUGUUGUCGACGGUAUACAGGCUUCAUUAGCCCGUGUGUACCCUGGGAACUUUUGACAGCAAUUUUAUUAGAGCCCAUCUUUCUUCCCUUGUUUGUGAUGAUGUCUUGUCUUUUAAAGAUUACAUUGUUGGCAUGGUUGAUUCAUAAUAUAGAUUACAGUGAAGAAAUAUGACAAAGAUGAAAAGUUAACUUUUGUAAACAGACAGAUUUGGUGUCGCUGAUUUAUUAUGAUACAUAACUGAUGUAUUGGCCUUCAAAACCUCCAAUCAUAUUUUGUGAAAAUACUAUUUGAAUUUUCACCAUGAUCACAGUAUAAAAUGACUGUGAGUGAUGAGACACUUUUUAAACAAUGUUGGGAGACUAAAACAUAACACACUGAAACACAUUAAAAUCAUUUUAGCAGCUCAGUGUUUUUACUGUAAAUUAGAAUCAAUAUUCUAAGUUGACCUUCACUAUAACAUUAUUGGCACUAUUGGAGCUAUAAGGGCUCAUUUUCAUCCCAGCACUUUCUACCAUUCGUCUGCGAUCAGUAUGAAAAUCAGCUUCUAAAAAUGCUAGAUGAAGUAUUUUGGUGAACAUAAAGCCUUCAUUUGGUUUUGUCACAGUCACCGUUUUAAUAUUAUUUCAUUGUGCUCAAGUUAUGUGUUUACAUAUCAGCGUGUGCAUUAUAUUAUGCUCUGUUUACUGACACCCGCAGAAGGAAAAAUCUUUGUCAGCAGCAGCUGAUUUGAAGCCAGGUUUAAAGUACAUAUUAUGAAAAAGGAAAUGUUUCACAAUUUUACAACUAUUUACAAUAAUAAUACCUUACACACAUUCAAAAAUGACAGGGAGAUGUAAACUAGUUGUAAAUAAUGUUAAUUGAGGUAUCUCUAUUUAUCACUUUUAUUCUCCUAGAGGUCAGGAUAAAUCAAGCCCCUACAAACAUUUGCAAAAAAAAUUUAUGUUUCUGUGUCAGAGAGGAUAUUUAAUUUUAUCAGCAGUUGAUGACACAUAAUCUCUCCGUUUUAAUCCAUGGAUGAUAUAUGGGUAAACUGAGAUAUUGGUCGAAUCCCAGCACAAAUAAUCCUGCACAUUAGACUAGGUUACAGUAUCUUAUACAGAGUUUCUUGUGGGGUGUUUACUUAUUCAUUUGUAUUGUUCCUGAAUGAUGCAUGUAACCAAUGGCUUCAUUUUUCGCUGAUGAUAGAGCAUGCACUUUUCAUGUAGGUUGCUUGUGAUAGUCUCCUCAUCGUCUGAUGUCAUAAACAACAUUUGUGAGAAAGAAAUGAGAGCACAGGGUCUAAAGUUGAAGUAAAGAAGGUGAGCGAAAAUAUGAUCUACCAUCUUUACCUGAAAGCUUAACAAAUUGGCUACAAUUGACUUGUUCAUAUGAUGUGUGUGCGUGUGUUUGUUUGACUGUGUGUGCGAGUGUGUGUGUGUUUUGUAGUCUUUAGCCACUGCUAAUCUUUGGGACUGGCCUGACACUUUUUUAAUGUAAAAAAACAAAUGAUGUAAAUGUCUGUAUGUCUGUAUAUUCUUGCACUGUUUAAUAAAGGUUUUGUCAUUGUCCCUAUAUUUUAA